CUGGGAAACAAAAUCUGCAAAAGCGCUAAUUUGUCACUUCCGGUUCGUCUUCAUCGAAAGAAAUGGCGGACAUGGACGAACUGUUCGGGAGUGAUGGGGACAGCGACAACGAACAAAGAGCAGUGGCGUCUGGCUCUGGUUCGGGUUCUGACUCUGAGCCGGAGGUGCCCCGGUCCCGUUCCCAUUCCCAUAGUAACGCCUCCGGCAGUGACAGCGAGAGAGAUGAGGAUUUAGGACGAGACGGGGUAAAGCCCAACACCAAGGAGCUGUUUGGGGAUGACAGUGAAGAGGAACGCCAUAGCCAACACAGCGACAACCAAUCAAACCUGUCAGAACGCUCAGGAAACCAGUCAGACGCCAGCAUGCACUCGGAGCCCGAGGACAAUGACCAGUCAGAUGCGGAGCAGCACAGUGGGUCGGAGAGAGGGCACCGGGAGGAGGAGGAAGAUGGAGAUCGAAGGUCAGAGGCAGGCAGUCCAGUAUCGGGGGCAGGGAGCCCCAGGUCUGUGAGGGGCAGCGCUCGCUCUGAGAAGAGUGUCCAUAGUGACCCCGAACCCCCACUCUCGGCGCCAGGCACUCCCCAGUCUAUCCCCGACCCCCAGUCUAUCCCCGGCACCCCCCAGUCUGUCCCGGCACCCCCCAGUCUGUCCCCGCACCCCCACUCAGGGCCCGGAACACCCCACUCAGAUGGGGAGGGGUCAGGCAGGGAGAACCAAUCAGGUGAUGAAAAGUGGGGAGGAGGGGCUAAGAGUGACCAAUCAGAGGACGAGGAGGAGAAGCGGCACCAAUCGGACGAAGAGAGAGAGAAUUCUGAUGAGGAUGGGGCGGGGCAUAGGAGCAGGAAUAAGUCAGAGUCUUGGCGGGGCAGUGACAGCGAGGAUGACUUCAUUGGACGGAAGAACAAGAAGAUGGCGGCGUCUGCCUCAGACUCUGACAGCGACGUUGGAGCCAAGAAGAUGGCGGCGUCUGCCUCGGACUCUGACAGCGACGUUGGAGCCAAGAAGAUGGCGGCGUCUGCCUCAGACUCUGACAGCGACGUUGGAGCCAAGAAGAUGAUGGCGGCGUCUGCCUCAGACUCUGACAGCGACGUUGGAGCCAAGAAGAUGGCGGCGUCUGCCUCAGACUCUGACAGCGACGUUGGAGCCAAGAAGAAAGGAAAAGGUAAGAAGCCAGCAGCAGACGACCUGUUUGGAGAGGCAGACGACAUCUCAUCAGACAGUGAUGCUGAGAAACCCCCCACUCCAGGACAACCCCUGGACCAGGAGGAGGGUGUGGAGGGGGAUCACGCUGAGGAGGAGCCCGUCCCAGAGACUCGUAUCGAGGUGGAGAUUCCUAAAGUCAGCACGGAUCUAGGAUCAGACCUCUACUUCGUCAAACUACCCAACUUCCUCUCUGUUGAGCCCAGACCCUUUGACCCUCAGUACUAUGAAGAUGAGUUUGAGGAUGAGGAGAUGUUGGAUGAAGAGGGUCGGACCAGGCUCAAACUGAAGGUUGAGAAUACUAUCCGGUGGAGAGCCAAGAAGGGGAGAGGGGGCGACGCCAGAGAGAGUAACGCCCGCAUCGUCAAGUGGUCUGACGGCAGCAUGUCUCUCCACCUGGGUAAUGAGGUGUUCGAUGUGUAUAAAGCUCCUCUCCAGGGAGACCACAACCACCUGUUCAUCAGACAGGGGACUGGGUUACAGGGACAGGCUGUGUUCAAGACCAAACUCACCUUCAGACCCCACUCGACAGACAGCGCCACCCACAGGAAGAUGACCCUCUCUCUGGCCGACCGCUGUUCUAAAACCCAGAAGAUCAGAAUACUGCCCAUGGCUGGACGAGACCCUGAGUCUCAACGCAGCGAGAUGAUCAAGAAAGAAGAGGAGCGUCUGCGGGCGUCUAUCCGUCGUGAGGGCCAACAGCGGCGGAUGAGAGAGAAGCAGCACCAACGAGGGUUGAGCGCCGGUUACCUGGAGCCUGAUCGCUAUGACGACGAUGAGGAGGGGGAUGAGUCAGUCAGCCUGGCCGCCAUCAAGAGCAAAUACAAGGGAGGAGGAGCAGGAGGACUGAGGGAGGAGCGUGCUAGGAUCUACUCGUCUGACAGUGAUGAGGGUUCUGAUGAUGACAAAGCCCAGAGACUGCUCAAGGCCAAGAAACUAGACUCUGAUGAGGAAGGGGAGAGUUCAUUGAAGAGGAAGGCUGGGGAGGAUGAGGAGGAGGAGGAGGUGGAACCCAAGAAGGCCAAGAAAUAUGUCAUCAGCGAUGAAGAGGAGGAGGAGGAGGAAGAUGAUGAAUGAUGUCAUUUUUUUACCAUACCACUGUAUUAUCAGUGUUUUGUUCUGUCCAACGCGUCGCGGUGUAGACAAGAAACCUUUCAUUUGUGGUUUGUAUAUUUUCUAAUGAUUGUGUGAGAGAGAGAUCGCUCUGUACAGCUGUAGUUACGGAAUAAAGGAUCAGAUGAACUAGGUGUUUAUCUCAAUGACCAAA